AUGGAGAUUUGGAAUUCAAAAACAUAUUCUUCUGCUGAGUUUGAUGAUUUAGCUAUCCAAGUUUCCAAUCCUUCGACAGCGAAAACUAUAACACGAACACCCUCUGUAGAGUCAAUGAGCAUUCCUUCUUUUGAUAAUGUACAUGCAGAGGUAGAAGAUGCUCGCCAAGACCCUAGUAAUCAUUUUGAAGAUUCUCCAACAGUUCCUCUGCAGAUUUGCGUAGCUUCCAAUGAAAAAGUCUGGACUUUCACAGAAAACCCAGAUUUUUCAGAUGAUGAAAACUUGAAAGCUCUCGAAAAGGUGUUAGGGGACUCUGGUACUGCUGAUAUAAAUCGCAUCCAGUUUCCGAACCCCAAACCGAUUAAACGACCAGCAGGGUCCCAAACAACCCACGCGGCUCAUAAAAAACGUGCUAUUCCAUCUUUUUCUUUAGAAAACUGUAAUUCUUUUCACCAAAACCUCUGCGACAAAGCAGAAAGUUCUUGUCCUUUCAAGGAGGCCCCGGGUUCUCCCAUGUAUAUUAGCCAACAAUCCUCAAGUGCUUCUACUAUUGCAGAUGAUGAAGCUCGGAUGGAAAGUAGCUCUUCCGUGCAAUCUUUACGCGCUGAGGGUACUUCUAUGUCUUCUCAAACCUUUUUGUCCGUUGAGCCAAACUCAAAUUCCUAUAAAAACCCCAAUGUAUUCCUUAAAGAGAAAAGCAAAGAACUUGAUUCCGUUUUACACCUUGAUAAUAUUAUCAAUACCUUUGAAUCACUCCCCCAACCCGUUCAACACUACUUACUCUCUCAUCUUUUGAAGAAGUCGAGCAAGCAUGCUCUACAAAUGAUUUCAGAAUUUUUGACUCCAGUUUUCAAAAAGGAUUUGCUUUCAAAUUUCCCUCCCGAGAUCAGUCGUAUUGUACUCAGCUACCUGGAUGCUUCUUCUCUUUGUGCCGUUUCCAAAGUUUGUCGGAGCUGGUCUCGAAUGGUGUCUCACAACGAUGAAUUUUGGAAAAAUCUAUUUAUUCGAGAAGGUUUUUAUUGGGACUCUUAUGAUGAUCAAAUUAAAACCCUUUGUUUGAAAAAUUCUCUCUCCAGUUGUAAUACCAUGAAGAAAAUCUACUUACGACACUACCAACUUCGGAAACGCUGGAUGGACGCUCCAAAAAGAAUUAAACACUAUUCCUUUCCCGUGCAUGGUGUUGAUCUGAUUACAAAAGUUCAGUUCGACGAUGAAAAAAUUGUUGUGAGCACAUGCAGCCCGAACAUUAACGUGUAUAGCACAAAAACGGGUGCCUUGAUCCGAAGCUUAGAGGAACACGAAGGUCAAGUCUGGACAUUUGAAUAUAUUGGGGAUACUUUGGUUACUGGCUCAACCGAUAGGACUAUACGUGUAUGGGAUUUGCGUACGGGAGAAUGUAAACAAGUAUUCCAUGGACAUAGAUCCACCAUUCGUUGCAUUAAAAUUGUUUGCAAAAAUAAUAUAAAUGCCGAUAAUUUUGCUAAAGAGGAAAACAAUAAUAAUUCUGCUUCAUUAAUGCCGCCCUAUAUAGUAUCUAGUUCUCGUGAUUGCACAAUUCGUCUAUGGAGACUACCCGACCUUAAUGAUCCCCCUUUUAUGAACCAACAAGAAAAUGAACAUUCUCCUACUUCAACUAAUCCUUAUUAUUUACGAACACUUAGGGGUCAUACAGAUUCUAUCAGAGAAGUAGCUUGCGAAGGCGAUACUAUUGUAAGUGCAAGUUAUGAUGGCACAGUGCGCAUUUGGAGAGCAUCGACCGGUGACUGUCUGCAUAUUUUGCGUGGACAUCUCGGUCGAGUCUAUAGUGUUGCCAUCGAUAGUGCUGGGAAACACUGUAUGAGUGCCGGUCUUGAUGCUAAAAUACGAAUCUGGGAUAUAGAAACAGGUGCACUAGUACGGACUCUCAAUGGACAUUCAAGUUUGGUUAGUCAAGUAACUUUGAAAAACGAUUAUCUUGUCUCUGCUUCAGCUUCUCCGGACAAUUCAUUGCGAGUUUGGGAUACAAAAUCUGGGAAAUGUCUCUGCGUUUUAAAAUGUCCGAUUGGUCAUAUAUUCUUCCAGCAUGACGAAAAUAAGAUUAUAAGUGGUAGUAAAAAUAAGCUACAAUUGUGGGAUAUUCGAAGUGGUAAAUUGGUUCGUGAUUUACUGACAGAACUGGACUCAAUAUGGCAAGUUGGUUACAAUGAGAAUAUCUGUGUAGCCGCUGUGUUACGGGAUAAUCGGUUUUGGAUCGAUGUGUUAGACUUUGCUGCAUCAUCUAGUUCCUCCUGA